UUUCACAAAACCAGCCAAACCUGCCUCCAGUUCAAGCCUCUAUUAAUCCUCCUUUCUCUCCACCACCAUCUUAUGGAACAAAAGAAGAAUUAGAAGAGGCAGAGUUAGAGGAGGAAACUUUGGAACAAUUAAUGGAGGAAGAAGCAAAUAAGGAGGAAAAAAUGGAUAACGCCCCUAAAAUAAAGAUUCAAAAGGAUGAACUCCCUCAAAUUGCGUCUUUGGUUUCACCCUGCUCAAUCAUUGCGGUUAUUCGAGAUAAGCUUGCUAAUAUUAC